AUUGAGUACGUGCCAAGUACAGCCACGGGCAUGAGCCUGUUUUGCAGACCUGAGGGUCAGUUUGUCAUCCAGAGCCGGUGCAACCUCUACUGAGGACCCCAGGCCCGGAACCCUCAAAGCCAGGAACCCUGUUGGGCUGCAGCUGACGGGGGAAUGGGAUCAGGGAGGGACUUCCUGUUGUCCCUAAUCCCAGUUUCCACCCAGCUCCCCCCACCCACCCCUGCAGGCUGCCGAGACUGCCUUCCCAGGGGAGGGGCUCCCUGCUACCCCAGGUGCCGGCUCUGCCUCCACUCUGGAGGUAGUGAAACUGUGUGAGAAACACCUCAUUUGAUUUUCCUGGUCUGACAGCAAAGAUGUCUGUAGAUGGCGGCGGCAGCCAGGCUGCCUGGGACCUGGAGGGGUGCCAGCAGGAGCUCAAUCAACAAAUGCAGUCUGGGUCAGAGGAAACAGUACCUUUAGGAGCCACUGGGGAGUCGCCACACAUCAAGGUGGAGCCUGAAGAGUCACGUCCUGAGGAGGCCUCCAAGGAGGGCCUGCAGGGCUGGGUGCCUCUGAGCCGUGGCUCUCAGGAGAAAGCCCUGUUUCUGCCUGGUACAGCCCUGCCCUCCCCCCUGCUCCCCGUGCUUUCCUGCGAGGGGAGAACCAGAGACCGGCAAAUGGCUGCAGCACUCCUCACCGCCUGGUCCCAGAUGCCAGUGACUUUUGAGGAUGUGGCCCUGUACCUGUCCCGGGAGGAGUGGGGUCAACUGGACAACACACAGCAGGACUUCUACAGGGACGUGCUACAGAAGAGGAAUGGGCUAGCCCGGGGCUUUUCCUUCAGCAGGCCUUUCUGGGCUGCCCACGUGCAGGGAAAGGGCGAGGCCUCCGGCUCUGGAGAGGAGAAAGACGCAUGUGCAGAACCCCUGGAGGCAGGGCAGGAGGCUUCUGCCCCCUUUGUGGCAGCCCCUGGUGAUGUGAAGCCCUUCCGGAGCAGAGUGGCAGCCCCAGGGGGCAUCCUGCAGGGCAGGCAGGAGGCAACUGGUGCUCCAGGUGCCGCGGAGCCUGGUCCCCUUGAAGAGACACAGCCAAAGCCAGGCCAGAAGCCCCAGGAAGGCCAUAUCCACGAGAAACCCAGCGAGGAGAAGGGCAUCCCAGAGAGCGGCGAGGAGGGGCUGGGCCCUGACGGUGAGCUGGGCAAAAAGACCUACAGGUGUGAGCAGUGCGGCAAGGGCUUCAGCUGGCACUCACACCUGGUGACCCACCGGCGCACGCACACUGGCGAGAAGCCCUACGCCUGCACAGACUGCGGCAAGCGCUUCGGCCGCAGCUCACACCUCAUCCAGCACCAGAUCAUCCACACCGGCGAGAAGCCCUACACCUGCCCAGCCUGCUGGAAGAGCUUCAGCCACCACUCAACUCUCAUCCAGCACCAGCGCAUCCACACCGGCGAGAAGCCCUAUGUGUGUGACUGCUGUGCCAAGCGCUUCACGCGCCGCUCGGACCUGGUCACCCACCAAGGCACUCACACGGGUGCCAAGCCACACAAGUGCCCCGUCUGUGGCAAGUGCUUCACACAGAGCUCAGCGCUGGUCACCCACCAGCGCACCCACACAGGGGUCAAGCCCUACCCGUGCCCUGAGUGUGGCAAGUGCUUCAGCCAGCGCUCCAAUCUCAUUGCCCACAACCGCACACACACAGGUGAGAAGCCCUACCACUGCCUCGACUGUGGCAAGAGCUUCAGCCACAGCUCGCACCUCACUGCCCAUCAGCGCACGCACCGAGGCGUGCGGCCCUUCUCUUGCCCACUGUGCGGCAAGAGCUUCAGCCGGCGCUCCAACCUGCACCGGCACGAGAAGAUCCACACCACAGGGCCCAAGGCCCUGGCCAUGCUGAUGCUGGGUGCUGCGGCGGCAGGGGCACUGGCUGCACCUCUGCCUGCCCCCACCUAAGAGGCUAAGACAGAGGGACUGGGGGAACCUGGGACUGCCCAAUUGGAGUUAAUGUCCAGACAGGUGUGAGGGCCUUGACACCUGGUGGACAGGGGCAUGGCAGGGAGCUGGGGAGGAACGGGCAUGGGGUGGGGCAUGGAGACAGAAGUGGAGUGAGGUACAGCAGGCCCUGGUGUUGUACAUUAAAGGCCUUGGAAUUCCUGCGAUGGCCGCAGCUGUCUCGUUGAGCCCUGGAGGACAGGGGUCUUCUGGGCCAAGCUCCACAGACCCUGAGUCGUCUCCUGAAUCUUCUAGGGUUUGGGUGCCUUUACUUAAUUAAGGCUGGUCUCAGAGUGUUGGGGCCACAAGUCUACCAACAG